AUGACCCGGGGAGGGGGGAGCCCGAGCGGACCGCGCGGAGCCCCCGCCGGAACCCCGGACCCCACGGAGCCCCAGCGCGACUCGGGCAGCGCCGCGGUGCGGCCGCGGGUUGCCGCCCGGGCUGCCCUGCGCGCGCCGACGGCCGACCGUCCGUCCGUCCGUCCGUCCGGCGGGAGCGCCCCGGUGCGGCCCGGCUCGCGUCCUCUGGGGGUCGUGUCCCCGGACGCCGCGCGGAGGAGCGACGCCGUCCGUCCCCGCGGGGUCCGCACAGCUUCGCGGGGCACCGGCGUGUCGGCCCGAGCGCGGCCGGCGGUAGCCGCGGGGACACGGGCCGCAGCCGCGGGGACACGGGCGCAGCCGCGGGGACACGGGCCGCGCCGCGCACCUGCUCCGGAAGGCGCGGCGGGAACGGCCAGCCGGGCGCAGAGCUCUGGGGCGCGGCGUCACCUCCGCGGUCAGGAGACCCCAGACGGAGACCUCGAGGGGAGCCAAGUGUGCGGCCCCGGCCCGCCCCGAUUUCGUUCACGGUUCGCUGUACAGGGACGAGCCCCCAAGACAGGGUCCGGGGCUCGGAACGGGGGAUUUGGCUCCGGAGAGCCGGGAGCAGCCGCGCCUGCAAGACUCCGGGCUCCGCAGGGACACAGACCCGCGCUGCACAAGUCGGUGCCCCCGGAACCUCAGUGCCCUGACCUGCACACAGAAACGCGGUCGCAGCUGUCCCCGCUGCGGCCCCGGGACGGCCCAGACCUGCGGCUCCGGGGCUCCCCCCGCACGACCGUCGUCGCGAGGCCGCGUGUCUCCGACCGGGGCGUCUUGGAGCAGAGUCCGUCGGCUACACCGGCCCUUGCCGAGGAGCGACCCGGGGCGCGUGCCGGCGCAGGCCUGACCCGCAGAGAAACGGACGCCGGACGCCGCGCAGGAGCGAGCAGUCCGGGCGGCGCCACCGCAGAAGGGCCGCGGCCGCUGUCCGGGGCCGCCGCUCGGCCGCAGGCAGGACGUCCGGGGUCGCGCGUCCUUCGCGACGGGUGGUCCGCGCCUCGUCAGCGCCGCCGCGGGGGACGACACCGCGCGCCGCAGCCUCCGCCGCCCGCGCCCUCCUGCGCGUCCCUGGCCCGGCCCGCGGCGCCGGGCGGAGAAGGACCUGGGCAGCUGCCCGCGCCGCGCGGCCCCGAGUCCCCGCCGCGCUUCCCGCUCGCGGCCCAGGCCUGGCUCGGGCGCGGCGCGGGGACCCGGCGGAGCUGCGCGCCCGGAGCGAGCCCUUCCCGGGCGCCCGCGUCCGUUUUCCCGCGGACGCGACGGAGCCGGGUGGACGCGGGUCGCUGCGCCUCCGCGUCCUUCCGCCUCCCGCAGCCGCAGCCGCGCGGGCCGACGCGCCCGAACUCACGCGCCCGAGAGCCGAGCCGAGGCCGGGAGCGGGGCCGCCGGAGUCCCCGCGCCGGGACGGUCUCGCCCCGGCCCCGCAGGCGCCCACGCUGUCCCCGCGACGCUCGGGCGGCGUCUGCGGCCACGCGGGUCCGGAAGGCGGGACACCGGGGGGCGCCGGCGGCCCAUCUCCGCAGUCGCGGCUGGGGGUGGCGGGAAGCCGGGGUCCCGCGAGCUGACCUCAGCCCGACGUGUGGCCUGACCCCGGGUCGAGGCGGUUUCCCUGUCGGCGCGCGCUCGGCUCCUCGGGGAAUCCGAGUGGACCCGCCUCGGAGGACCGCGGGCCCCACGGGCGCGACCAGCCGCGAGAGGAGGCUGCGGCGCGCGCUCCGCCUGACGAGGGCGCAGAGUCUCCCCCGAGGGCGCCGGGCCGAGUCCGCCGAGCCCCGACUCUGGAUCGCGCCCGCGCUGGUCGGGGCCGGGCGCGCCCACUGGGGCCAUCACAGUGAGGACGAAGCCGAGGAACCAGUCCCGCCAACAGCUUCCAGCGCCGGGGACCUGGGACCGCGGAGCCGAGACCCCGCGCAGGGCGUGUCCAGGUCCCCACGGAAGACUAGGCCGCGCACCGGGCCGCAGACCCGCUUCUCCGUCGGGAGCUCCCGGCUGGGGGCUGCGCGGCCCCUCCUGCCCGAGCCCGAGCGCGUUGUGACCACGGGCGGCCGCGGUCCGGGCGCCCCAGCCGGCCCCAGGGCCGCUUCCCACGCGCGAGGCGCCGCACCGCAGCCCCCGCGCUGCCCCGUGGGUCUCCCGCGACUCGGGGGGACGGUCGCGCGGUGUCCGCGUGUCUCCGCUGCGGGCCAGCGCGGGAGCCGGUCAGCCACAACCCGGGAGCGCGGUGAGCGUCGGCCGGACGCGCCGGUCCUCCCGGCCCAGACAGACUCGGAGCACCUGGUUCCCCAACGAAGCCUGGCUGCGGGGAGCCCCGAGGCCCGUCCUGUGGGGCUGGGCAUGUCGCCGCCGUCUCUGUCUGGCACUCGGCGUGUCCACGGCGAUUUUGGGAAGAGACGUCACAUCCUGUCUGGCAUUAGCGGGGACGCAGAAGAUGAUGCGGGGAGCAUGCAGGCUGCCCUUUAG